UGUGUGUGUGUGUGAUAAGGUGGAGUUAACUAUAAACUCAUAAAGGCCAGACGUGGUGCUACAAGAUAGAGAGCAAGAGAUGGGUUCUGGACCUUCUGGUGCAGCAAUGAAGCUGGUUGCAGCGGUGAUGACGUUUUUGUCAAUGGUGGUUUUUCUGGGAUACAUGAUGAUUUGGUCUAUGAAGUCUACUAAUACCUUUUACUUGCAUUGGUGGCCUGAUGUUCUGAAAAAAACAAGUUCCACUUAUCUUGGAGAACAAGGCACAACCACACUGAUUUAUUCAUUUCCUAUCCUCUUCAUUGCUACCAUUGGCUCCUUGUACCUUCAUCUGGAGAAGAAGUAUGAUCAUGAUCAUAGCACCAGGUUCAUUUCUCGGAUUAUCUUGUUGAAACGGCCGGUGAUAACGAAAGGUCCACUGGGGAUUGUUUCUUGGACAGAGCUUACAUUUCUGGCCAUGUUAGUUGCAUUGCUGGUUUGGUCCAUGUAUUCUUAUACGCAUAAUAUGUUUGCAUUUGCUGCCCUGGAAGCUGCUCAAGAAAAAUUUCAAGUGUGGGAAGUUAAGUUGCGAAGUGCAGCUCUGAGUCUAGGGCUUGCAGGGAACACCUGCCUGGCCUUUCUCUUCUUUCCAGUGACUAGAGGGUCUUCAAUUUUGCAGUUUGUUGGCCUGACCUCAGAGGCAAGCAUCAAGUACCAUAUAUGGCUAGGGAAUAUUACUAUGGUCAUCUUCACAGCUCAUGGUCUAAGCUACAUCACUUAUUGGUCCCAUACACAUCAAAUUUCACAGAUGCUCAAAUGGGACAAGUUCGUGGUUGCCAAUGUGGCUGGAGAAAUAGCUUUGCUUGCUGGAUUGGUGAUGUGGGCGACCAGUUUGGGACGCAUAAGGCGAAAGCUUUUCGAGCUCUUCUACUAUAGUCAUCAUCUCUACAUUGUCUUUGUUAUCUUCUAUGUUUUCCAUGUUGGUUUUGCUGAAUCUUGCCUCAUUCUUCCUGGUUUCUACCUCUUCUUGAUCGAUCGAUAUUUGAGAUCCUUACAAUCUCAGCAAAAAGUUCGCUCUGUCGCAGCACGCAUUUUACCUUGCGAAACAGUAGAGUUGAACUUCUCCAAGAGUUCAGGGUUGAGCUAUGCACCAACAAGCAUUGCGUUUAUAAAUGUGCCUAGCAUUUCCAGGAUACAGUGGCAUCCCUUUACUGUUACCUCCAACAGCAAUAUGGAUUCUGAUAAGCUAAGUAUUGUCAUCAAACGCGAAGGAAGUUGGUCUCAUAAGUUGUAUCAGAUUUUGUCCUCCCCUUCUCCUACUAACCGACUUGAGGUCGCCAUCGAAGGACCCUAUGGACCUCCUUCAACCAAUUUUACGAGGUAUGAGAGGCUAGUACUGGUGAGCGGUGGAAGCGGCAUAACUCCUUUCAUCUCCAUCAUCCGCGAGAUCAUCUUUAAAUCCAACACAACAAGCAGCAAGACUCCAAGGAUUCACCUCAUAUGUGCUUUCAAGAAAUAUGUCGAUCUCACCGUGCUUGACCUUCUUCUCCCAGUUUCUGGCACCACUCUUGACCUAUCUCGGUUACAGCUACAAAUUGAAGCCUACAUAACCCGAGAGACAGAGUCAAAAACAGAGAACCAGAAUUCUAUCAGAACAAUAUUGUUCAAGCCUAAUCCAUCAGAUAGACCAGUUUCUGCAGUGUUAGGACCUAACAGCUGGCUGUGGCUCGGGGCGAUAAUCUCAUCUUCUUUCAUCAUUUUCCUUAUCUUGAUUGGCCUUCUCACACGAUUCUACAUAUACCCAAUCGACCACAAUACCAACAUGAAGUAUCCUGUCCCAGCAAGUUCAGCUUUCAACAUGUUAUUUGUGUGUAUAGCCAUAACAAUAGCUGCCUCUGCAGCUUUUCUGUGGAACAAAAGAGAGAAUGCUGAGGAAACAAGCCAGAUUCGAACCACGGAUAUGUCAACACCGGCACCAUCACCCACUUCAUUGGUGUACGAAACAGAACUGGAAAGCCUUCCUCACCAAUCUCUUCGCCAAGCCACCACAGUGCAUCUAGGUCAAAGGCCAAAUCUGAAAAAAAUAUUAUCAAAGUACAAGGAAGAAAAGGUAGGAGUUUAUGUUAGCGGGCCAAGGACGAUGAGGCAAGAAGUGGCAGCAAUUUGUUCAUCUUUUUCGGCAGAUAAUCUUCAUUUUGAGUCUAUCAGCUUCAGCUGGUGAUUUAGAACAAGACAUGUUAGAAUCUAGCAGUUUGGUUUGAAAAUUUUGUAAAUUCCUGAAGUCCUUUGAGUGUUCAUUGCAGUCCUCAACA